ACAGCCGAAAGGAAAAGAAGAAGAAUUCCACUCUGACUGCCCAAGUGUCUUGAAAAAAGUUGGUAAAAGUUACGUUUUUCCAUCCGGUGUUGAAGUCUAUUAUUAACCCUUCAAAUAAUAUGUCCCUAUGUUUCCCGCAGUGUUGCAUUGCAGAGAACUCUAACAGGUUGGGGUUCGGGUUAAGACAAGGGCAUCAAUGGGGAAACAAAAUGUGAAACAACACCGGCAUCUGGUGGUGAUUAGAGAAACUGCAGCUUAGAAGUUCAGCAUUAUAUCACCUUGUCAAGUCCAUACAACUCCCCCACAGCUCUUAGUACUGUACCAGCUCAGAGUUGAGCUGAACGGUGUUUUCAGAGCUUUAUACAGCGUGUAAAUCAGCAUUGUUGUCCUUAAUGAGGAUUGCAUUGCUGUGUUUAAGUUUCGCUCAGUGCUGCUGUGAUGAUAAACAUUGCUGGUGCUCAUGAGAGCUGACAUGGCUGUUUUCUCUCCUCAGUGCAUGAGGUCUGUAAUAUUUGUAUCUAUGUCAGAGUGUGUUUGUGCAUAUCUCUCUGUGUGCGUGUAGUGUGUUUACAGUUUGCUGCAAAGAGUUGGUCAGUGGCCGAGGUCUUUAUGCAGCGUAAUCCCACAGCCUCUUUCUGGAAAACAUGACUAGCAAUGGAACCACUGAGUCAAAUUUUGGAUCUCAUUCUCAUGACAAAGCAAUUGUCUCAAUUAUAGAGGGCUCUGAAGGUAUAAAAGAGAACGAGGGCGCAUAUGAGCACACACACACACAUUCAGGAGAGACCCCACGGUGGAGCACAGCAGGUCCCAGGAUGGGCAGGAUCAUCUUCUACGAGGACAAGAACUACCAGGGUCGCAGGUAUGAGUGCGACAGCGACUGCACCGACUUCCACUCCUACCUGAGUCGCUGUAACUCGGCCCGUGUGGAGAGCGGGACCUGGGUGAUCUACGAGAGACCAAACUACAUGGGCUACCAGUACGUCCUGACCAGAGGCGAAUACCCCAACUUCCAGAGCUGGAUUGGCCUCAAUGACAGAGUCAGCUCCUGCAAGAUGAUUCACUUUGUCAGCGGAGAUCCUUACAAGAUCCAGCUCUAUGUUAAAGGGGACUUUGCCGGUCAGGUGUUUGAAGCGACUGAGGACUGUCCCUCCGUGCUGGAGAAGUUCCACUGCAGGGAGGUUCACUCCUGCAGGGUCCUGGGAGGCUGGUGGGUCUUCUACGAGCACCCUCACUUCAAGGGCCGCCAGUACCUGCUGGAGAGAGGCGAGUACCGCAAGCCGGUGGACUGGGGUGCCGUCUGCCCCACUGUACAGUCUUUCAGAAGGCUAACUGAGUAGCCACUUUCCUUUUGUUUCACCUUUUCACUGGCUGCUGAUUGGCUCACGAUUGACACCUGAGAGACCAAGACAGCA